GACGAGCAGGACCAGCAGGACCAGCAAGACAGUAAGACAGAGAGAGACCGUCAAAGAGCAGAGCCUUGUCUUGUCGUCUUGACAGACAGAAAGAUAGACAGAGGCAGAUGCUUGUCAACCGUGUGUCUGACAGGCACGGCUGGUGAUAUGCUCCGGCCAUCUUCCACGCCAUCAGAGCGUCGCAGCGUUACAGCCAGGGCAAGGCAGCCACCCACGGCUCUUACGGCUUCUGUGCGAUGAUGCUAUCGCUCUGGAGUACUCCGUACAGACCUACUACAAGUCGGAGACGUAGUAGUGCCACUUAACUUUUGCACUCGAAGUGCCUGCAAGGCCCGGCUUUUUGUCGCUUAGGAGCAUGGACAUGGACAUGGACGGCAUACCCGCACUCCGUACUAUAUUUUUCUUUUAUCAACAACCUCCCGGAUAGAGGUCCCGUCGGUUUUGGCCUCUGGAUUCCGUUGCUCCAAGCUCGUUUCUUCUUCCUUUCUCCGUUGGACAGCUCGCAACUUAACAGCCCAAAAUCCUGCUGGCUGGAGAGGGCUACCCUUUUCGCCAUGUACCGGCCCGAGACAGCUGGGUGGAUGCCCAUCAGCAUGUUUUCUUUCUCUCUCCCUUGUUUCUCUUACAUAUAUAUACAUGUAUAGUUGACCAGGGCAUGGGAAAACCUGGAGAAGAACUCAAAGGCAGGCCGCAAAGCACACACUGCCAACGAGUAGUGACCUCUAUUGAUACGAUACGGUUUACUUCGAGGGAGUUGCUUACUGCAAGGCUAUCAAGCCGUCGAUCUCCCCGGUCGUACGCAAUCAAAGGAGCCUUGUCUCUCCCUGUCUGCAAAUACGGCAGCAAACACAAGUCAAUCAGAAGCAAACAGAGCAGAAAAGCAAGCAGAGCAGCACAGUCAGAGUAUGAGCAUCCUCCCCCAGGCUCUCGCACCGGCUAUCUUGACUUUACCUGCCCGUCCAUGGUCCGGUCUUUUGCCUGGAUGCAGGAUGGGGCACUCCUCUUCCCAAUUGCUGCACCAGGAUGGAGUCGGAGUCUGGAUAAUUAAAAACGGCUCCUCCCAUUCAGCAGCCCAGCCGACCACCCGGGUUUCCCUUGUGCUAUCAAGUAUAUGGGACACUGCCUUGUGCUAUUACAUAUGGCUGCCUCUGGUAUCCGUGGCACUGCCUGCCUGCUCCCGUGCUUGAUAUUAAAUGCACUAAUGCACUAAUGCACAAGAGAGGCCCCAUGUUUCCUUUCGGGCAUCCACUGCUGCUGCUUAACUGCCUGCCCUCCAGGGACAAGUCUCUCCAGAUCGGCUGGUGAAUGGGCGCCUUCUGAUGCACCUCCAAGCAUCUC